UCCUGGUAAUAACAAGUUUAAGGAUAAUUAAAGUAAUAACUAGCUAUGAGUAAAACAGCUUAAUAACAGCAGUGAGUAGUUUAUUGGCUUACACCAUAAUCGUUUAAUUUUACACAAAAAUACAUAUUUUUGUUUACCAACAACACUUUACAUAAAAACUUCAAAAUUUUUACAUCAAAAUUAUGGGUCUGUUUCACUAAAUGCAAACGAACAAGUGUUUUCUAGUUUUAUAUUGAAAACAAAUUGUUAUUGUUUUCAAUGAGAAUGAAAUGUUCAUUCGCAUUGAACAGGCAGUAUGUUUCAUUAGUUUUUACUCUAAUAAGCAACUAAAACUAUAAGUAAUUCUAACAAGAAAAGUGAUCCAGACUUAAUAUCUACGAAUUCCUAUAAAAUUUUCCUAAAGAUAUGAAGACUAUAUGUGUGAUUUUCGCAAUCAAGAAAAGGAGCCCUCACAUCUAUCUAUAGCACCGAGUUCAGUAUGAUGCCCUCUACCAUGUUAAUGCUGUGUGCCAAGAUACGGGUGUAUAAGAAGGAUGGUUUACCCGAGGUUAUAUGCAAUAAUUGUAUCUACAGGUUAGGAGUAGCAUAUCAUUUUAAGCAGGAAUGUGAAAAUUCCGAUAUAAGACUUAGACAGUAUUUGGGUUUAACAGAUCGAGGAUAUGGGAUUUGUGAUGCCGAAACUAAUACAGAGGAUAAUUUGUCAUUGAAUUUGUUGCAUAAAUCCCAAAAUUAUCAUAAUACCACAGGAAACUCUUCAGAUUCGGAAGAGGAAGAAGAGGAGGAGCAGAGAACUAGUAAAAAGAAAAGCAAAAGACGCUCCCGCUAUCAACGUAAACCACCCGAAGAACACAAAAAGCGAGGACCCAAACCUCUGCCUAAACUGCCACAAACAUGUUACGAGUGCAAUAAAACCUUUAAAUGUUCAGCCCAAUUACAACAACACAUACGUACGCAUACUGGGGAAAAACCAUUUCCCUGUCGCUAUUGUCCACGUCGUUUUGCCCAAAAAUACAAUUUACAAAUACACGAACGUACUCAUACCGGUGACAAGCCAUUUCAAUGUGAAAUCUGCUCUAAACAGUUCUCCGCUUUAGGCAAUUUUCAGGCUCAUCUAAAAAUACAUACCGGUAUACGUGACCAACAUUGCCCAGUGUGUCAGAAAUCAUUUUAUACAGCCGGUGAUCUAUCCAAACAUAUGAUAACCCAUACGGGUAUAAAAAAUCAUCAUUGUGAUGUUUGUGGCAAAUCGUUUAGCCGUAAUCGUGAUAUGUUGGUCCACAAAAGGAAGUUACAUCAAAUGACAAAUCUUGCCGAGCGCAGUGAAGAUGAAGAAGAUGAAAUUGUUGAUACCGUAGUAAAUGAUGAUGCCUUCAAGUGUCCGGACUGUGAUAAGGAAUUUGAAUCGGCUGGCAGUUUAUCGGUGCAUUUUCGCACACAUGGUUCGAAUAAUCUUUUAAAUUUACCCUUAGGAGGUCAUACACAAAUGGUGGCGCCACCACCACCUCCACCUUCUCACGCUGCCACACAUCAUUAUCAUCAUCAUCAGGCGGCGGUGGCUUUGGGUCCUCAUACUCACCAUGAUGGUUUACACGCUCAGGCUCAUCAUUUGGGUUUAAAUGCUGCGGCCUCUUUGCAACCUAAUCCUGGUGGUAGCAUGUCAAUGGCCCAUAUAAUGGGACCACCGCCUCCACAUGCUGUUCCUUUACCUCCGCCACCAACAGCAGGUGGACCUCAAACGUCGUUAUCUAUGAUGCAUACAGCUCAAAGAUUACAUCCUUAUUAAAAUUAAUAAAGAAAUUUUAAGAACAAUAAAAAAAUUAAUUAUGUUUAUUUUUAAGUUCGAAAUUUU